UGGCAAGGAAGAUAAAAGAUGUACCACUUGAAAAAGCAUGUAAAUUAAGUUGUUUCCCCUGGGUUCUAUAUUUAGAACUUCCGCAUUCCAAAGUUCAUGUUUUGAACUGCAAAAGUAAGAAAGAAAGAUCAAAUAUGGAAGUGUCAGGGAAAUUAGCUGUUUCUUCAGAACAAGAUUCCAAUCUUUACUGCCUUCCAUGCGACCGGGAUGGUUUAAAAGAACCAGAUUUUGGUUAUUGCCAGGACUGCGAGGAAUAUCUUUGUGAGAGUUGUUAUAAACACCACAGGAAACCAAAACCUUCCAUGAACCACGUUCUGCUUGAUAAAGACAGAAUGCCACAACAAUCCAAGUCCGGGAAUAUAAAAAAUGAUCAAAUAACUGAUUUUUGUACGAAACAUAGCGACAAACUACUGGAAUUCUUUUGUAACACGCAUAAUUCUGAUGUAUGUUACGUUUGUAUGACUCUAGAACACAAGCACUGCAAAGUAGACUAUAUUCAAAAUGUUUCAGGAAAUUUGUCUGGUGAGCUUGAAAAAUUGAUUUACAGAAUGGAGACACUGAUUCAAAAGUGUAAAUCUAAUGUCAAAAUUGCCGAGACUGCUACAACAAACAUAGAACAAAUGUACAAGGCCGUUGUUGAAGAUAUAAAAGUUUUUAGAAAUGAAAUAAACGAAUGUCUGGAUAAGAUGGAAGCCGAAAUUAUGAGGGACGCUAAAACUCAUGCAUUGACAGCAAAGUGUAAACAAGAAAAUGUUAAAACAGGUAGCUUACAUAUCGCAGAGGGAAUGUCAAGUACAAUGUCAAUGCUCAAGUUUCUGGGCGACGAAAACAAGCAGAACAAGCUGUUUAUUGAGAUGAAACAUGCUGGACCUCAAGUUUCAAGACUGUCAGAUCAAGAGAAACAAUUAGUUGAAGAUAAUAAAACGGAUGGCGAAGUAAACUUUAUCCGAAACGAAAUGAUGCUUAGUCAGUUCAAACAUAACACAUCUCUAGGAACGAUUUCUACAUACGGGAAACCUUGUGCAGAAAGUGCAGUAUAUGUCCAUUAUGAAAGAACAAUUCAAGUGCAAAACUUCUCUGGUAACAGACAAUGUAAUAUCUCUAGAAUGGUACUGAUUUCCUCAACAAAUAUGAUCGUCGCUGACAAAAAUAAUAACAAAAUUAAAAUAAUAAAUAUAGACGAAGGAACGCUGGUAUCAGAGAUAAUCCUGUCUUCAUCACCACGAGAUGUUAUAAAACUUCCACAAAAUAAAUUUGCUGUUGCAUUAUGUGAUAAUAAGUUUAUCCAGAUAAUGUCUUACACUGACAUAAGUUUGUCUUUAGAUCGUCGUAUAGAUGUCGGAGAAAUAUGUUAUUGUGUAGCUUAUUGUCAGGACAAGUUAGUAGUAGGCUGUAAUUAUAAUCCAGGAAAGCUGGUAAUUCUGGAUUUAGAUGGAAAUAUCAUACAGGUGUUUGAUACUCCUGGAUUGUUUGAUGGACCCGAAAAGAUUGUUUUCAACAGAGAUAAGAAGUUCAUGUAUGUGUCUGAUUACUUCUACUGUAAAGGUCACAGCAAGUGUAUGAAACUGGACUGGCAAGGUAAUGUUCUACAAAGAUUUGAGGAUCAAGGAUAUAAAUGUCCUUACAAGAGUUGGAAGAUGGUACAUUGUUAG